AUGGCUUUGUCUUACCAACAGAGCAAGCUCAUCCGGGGCACCAUCCCGGCUCUCACCGACCAUGGAGAGCGUAUCACCACCAUCUUCUACCGCAACAUGCUGAGGGACCACCCCGAGCUCAACGACUACUUCAACACCGUCAACCAGGCCAACGGUCGUCAGCCCCGUGCCCUCACUGCUGUUAUCCUCAGCUACGCCCAGAACAUCAACCACAUUACCGAGCUCAUCCCCAAGAUGGAGCGCAUGUGCCACAAGCACUGCUCCCUGGGCAUCAUGCCCCAACACUACGCCAUCGUAGAGAAGUACUUGAUUGCCGCCUUCGCUGAGGUUCUCGGAGCUGCUAUGACUCCCCAAGCGAGAGAAGCUUGGGUCAAGGCUUACUGGAUGCUCGCCAAGAUGCUCAUCGGCCGCGAGGCCCAGCUCUACCGCGACUUCGAUAAGUGGCAGGGCUACCGCAAGUUCCGCAUUGAGAAGAAAGUUGAGGAGUCUGAGGACAUCUACUCUUUCUACCUCGUCCCUGUUGAUGGCAAACGCCUGCCUAGCUUCUUGCCUGGCCAGUAUGUUUCCGUCCAGGUCAAGAUCGCCGAGAAGGGCUACCUUCAGUCUCGCCAGUAUUCUCUCAGUGACGCUCCCCGACCUGACUACUACCGCAUCACCGUCAAGCGUGACCAAGGCAUCCACAUGAGCCGUUCUGGCCGCUUCCUGGGCGGUGCCGCCCUCACUCCUGGUGUCAUGUCCAACCUCCUCAUUGACAUGAAGGAAGAAGGUGACCUCGUUGAGCUCACCCACCCCGCCGGCGAGUUCUUCCUCGACACCAACAACACCUCCAACGUCCCCAUCGUCCUCAUCUCCGCCGGCGUUGGUGUCACUCCCAUGAUGUCCAUCCUCAACACCGUCUCAGAGCGCCAGCCCCACCGCCCCGUCUCUUGGAUCCACGGAUCCCGUCGAUCUGUCCCCUUCUACGACCAGAUCCGCCGCAUCUCCCGCAACCGCCCUAACUUCCGUUGCAACAUCUUCAAGACCCACCUUGCCGAAUCUGAUGUCUAUGGCGUCAACUACGAUCACGACUUCCGGGUGGACCUCGCCAAGGUCGAUAAGGAUGACCUGUGGCUGUGCAACGGUUCUGCUGAGUACUAUGUCUGCGGCCCUGAGCAGUUUAUGCUUGAGAUGGCUGAGUACCUCAAGUCUAAGAAGGUCGACUCCUCCAGAAUCAAGUUUGAACUCUUCAGCACUGGUGACAUGGAGUUCAAGGUUGACAACCUGAGCAUCAUCUCUAGCAGCGACAGCAGCUCUGGGCCGAGAACCUCAAGCUCCGAAGCUGCCUGCCCCGUCAGCGGCGCGAGCUCGCUCGCUGGUGCCUGCCCCUUCAAAUAA